AUGGAAAUGACAAAAAGAAAGAAGAAAACAGGACUGAAUAUACGGCAACCGGAUAUAACGCGCGUUAACGGACAACGGAUACGAAUUGCAACGCUGAAUGUGGGAAGUAUGACGAGACGAAGCCUCGAAUUGGAACAUCUGAUGAAGAAGAGGCGUAUUGAUGUCAUGUGCGUUCAAGAAACGAAAUGGGGCAACUUGGGAAACAAAUCGAGGUUCCUUGAUUUGAAGACAAAGGAUUACAAGUUGUUCUACCAUGGCAUCAAUAAUCAAACAAACGGCGUCGGAAUCAUAAUAUCUCGCAAAUACCUCAACAACAUCAUCAACAUCGAUAAAGUGAGUGAUCGUUUGAUGGCAGUGAAGUUGGUAGUGCAAGAUAAGGUCUGGAACAUCAUUUGCGCUUAUGCCCCACAAACAGGUCGAGACGUGUCUGACAAAGUUUCAUUCUGGAGUGACUUUGAAAUGCUUAUGCAACAAAUUCCUCCUGAAGAACUUGUUGUGAUAGGAGCAGACAUGAACGGCCACGUAGGAGAGACAAAUUUUGGCUUCGAAGAGUGUCACGGGGGAUACGGCUAUGGAGCAAUGAAUGAUGAAGGAGAAGAAUUGCUCGAUUUUGCCAAAUCUUAUGGGUUGACACUCAUGAACACCAUGUUCAAGAAACAUGAGAAGCACCUUGUCACCUACAGCAGUGGAGGCAGAAACACGCAAAUAGACUAUCUUCUGUGCAGUAACGAGAUGAGGAAAAUGGCGAAAGAUUGCAAGGUCAUUCUGGGAGAAUCAGUUGUGUCGCAGCAUCGUCUUUUAGUAAUGGACAUUGAGCUAUUGAAAAACUUUCCUGUUCCAAAACCAAAACCGGUUGAGAAGAUCAAAUGGAUCAACCUGGAUAAGGAAAAUGGCACUUUGUUCAUGAACGAAACACAAGAAUGGCUGCAAGAUUGCAUCGAUACUUCUGAUGAACUCACAGCAAAUGAACUCUGGCGUGCAUUCAAAAAGAUGUGCAUCAUCAACGCAACAAAACAUCUCGGAGUUUCAAAAGGUCCUUUAAAUAUCAAGAAGGAGUCAUGGUGGUGGACUGAGGAAACAAAGAAAGCCAUCAAAGAAAAGAAAAUCGCCUUCAAAAAAUGGACCUUAUGCGACUCAAACCUCACAGAAGAGAAAAAGGCACUUCACAACGAAUACAAGCUCGCGAAGAAAGCAUCGGCGAAGGCAGUAGCAAUAGCACAAGCAGCAGCAAAACAAGACCUGUACGAGAAUCUUGAGUCAUCCGAUGGCUCGAAUAGGAUCUACAAGAUCGCUGCAAUGAGAAGAAAUCAGUCAAAAGGUAUAGUCGCUCCAAAAUACAUUCAAGAUGGAAAUGGAAAGCUGUUGACGAAGGAUGAGGACAUCUGUGACAGAUGGAAAGCGUUCAUGCAACAUCUCUUGAACGAAGAAUUUCCACGAACUGCAAGGCCAACUGAAAACUCUGUGUGUGGACCAGUACAAGAAAUCACCAUAGAGGAGGUUGAAAUUGCAGUUAAGAAGAUGAAACGCAACAAAGCAGUUGGUCCAGAUAGUAUUCCAUCCGAAUUUUGGAAGAAAAGUGGUCAGCUUGGCUACAAAUUCCUCCAAAUCUUGUUCAACAAAAUCCUUUUCGGUGACAAAAUGCCUGAUGACUUCCGCCGAAGCUAUCUUCUCCCUUUCUUUAAGAACAAAGGUGACGCUCGAAACUGCUCCAACUAUCGUGGCAUCAAGCUUAUGUCACACACAAUGAAGAUCUAUGAAAGAGUCUUUGACUCAAGGAUCAGAGCACAAGUGUCUUUGCACAAGAAUCAGUGCGGUUUCGUUGGAGGCAAAUCAACAACAGAUGCCACUCAAGCCUUGAGAAUUCUCAUGGAGAAAUACCGCGACGCACAGAAAGACUUGCAUUUUGUUUUUAUUGAUUUGGAGAAGGCUUUUGAUCGCGUGCCUCGAGACCUCAUCUGGAAUGCUUUACGAGCACAUGGAGUGAUGGAGAUCUACGUGAGAGGAGUGAUGGACAUGUACCAAGAUGCAACGACUUCAAUCAGAUGUACUGCAGGAACUUCAAAAGAGUUUCCGAUUGGAGUCGGUGUACACCAAGGUAGUGUGUGCAGUCCAUUGCUCUUCAACAUCGUCAUGAACUAUCUGACAGCGGGCCUUAUGAGCGACUUGGUGCUUUCAAUGUUGUUUGCAGACGAUAUCGUCCUUGCAUCUGAUGAUGCUUCAUCAUUGCAAACAACGUUGGAUAAAUGGAAGCAAGCACUUGAAAGCAAUGGCUUGAAAAUCAGUCGCCAAAAAACUGAAUAUAUGCCCUGCCCAUUCUCCGAUCCAGAUUCAGGAACACCAGACAUUUUCUUGGAUGGCUGUCUCCUGAAGAAAAUUGAUCAUUUCAAAUAUCUCGGAUCAAUGGUGGAAAACGACGGAUCGUGCGACGCAGACCUUAACCAUCGAAUAUCAACAGGUUGGAUGAAGUGGCAACAGAACUCUUCGGUUUUCUGUGACAAGAAAAUGCCACCAAAGCUAAAAGGUCGGCUCUACACGACUGUUGUACGCCCUGCACUCACUUACGGCACAGAAUGCUGGACCAUGACCGCCAAACACAAACAAAAACUAACUUCUGCCGAAAAUAAAAUGCUUCGCAUGUCUGCUGGUGUGACCCUCCUGGAUAAAAUCCAGAGCAAAUACAUAAGGGGAAGUCUCAAAGUCAAGGAAACAAUUGGAGAAGCAGUAGAUAUGAAACGGCAUAGGUGGUAUGGUCACGUGAAAAGACGAUCCGAUGAUCAUGUUGUUGUUGAGAUGAUGACAAAGGACAUUCCAAGAAUACCGAGAAGAGGACGACCGAAAGAGAGCUGGCUGGGGCAAAUGAACAGAUUUCAACGAUUGCAUGGAAUCACAGAUGCUGAAAUAGAAGACCGCCAAGCAUACAGAAGACGAUUACGAUCCCACACAACACAAAACACUCAAUUUCCUUCCUAA